UUAACCUAUUUCAAAAAAAAAAGUAUCAACCUUAACAGCAUCACUGUAGAGAAAGAAAAGAAAAGAAUAGCAGUGAAAACACGAGUCAUGUUCUUCUUCUUUGUGGGAGGGUUAGAGCAACAGGUGCGGCAGGUGGUGAAAUCAGGUGUGGGCAGGUGCAUCAACUGUGGUUCGCGCGCUGAUAUGGUGGAGUACGACAAGGUUCUCAAGCUCUUCUUCGUUCCCGUAUGGCGUUGGCCCGGUAAAGAGCCUCUCUUGUAUUGCGACAAUUGUAAGUUUUUGUUUCCUCGGUCUUACUCCCUGCCGCCCAACGCUGACGCCGGAACGCCUCUGCCGCCGGCGGUCUCUGAUGCCCUGCGCUGCCGCUUCUGCGACCGGGUGGUGGAGUCCGACUUCAGAUUCUGCCCUUUCUGCGGCUCGGAACUAUAGAGAAUUUUCUUGUUGAGGGGGUUUUGAUUGGUGUCGUUAAAAAUAAAUGUAUAUGUUUGUUUCGGAGGGGUUUUUAAAUAAAUAAAAUAAAAUGUGAUCGUUAUGUGAUUAUUUUGGGGGGUUUUGUACCUUGUUUUGUUAUAUAAUGAUAAUGUAUUUUUUAUUUUCUUAUUGAAAUAGAAAAUAGUUUGGGAGCUUA